GCCAUAUUUGAUUCGAUUAUGCUGUUCUGGCUGCGACAACCAGUUUAGCCAGUUCUUGACAAAAAACAAAAAACAGAAAACGGUGUACUCUCUUCAGUACGAGGCGAUCUUUAAGGUUAACCUACGACGAAGUCUAGCUGCAUCCAUAGUAACAACCGUUUAUAACCCAUAGUCAACGAUGAAUCCUGAAUAUGACUAUUUAUUCAAACUGCUCCUGAUCGGCGAUUCUGGUGUCGGAAAGUCUUGUCUCCUUCUCCGGUUUGCAGAUGACACGUACACAGAGAGCUAUAUCAGUACCAUCGGCGUGGACUUCAAGAUCAGGACCAUCGAGUUGGACGGAAAGACCAUAAAACUUCAGAUUUGGGACACAGCUGGUCAGGAACGGUUCCGCACCAUCACAUCCAGUUACUACAGAGGAGCUCACGGCAUCAUAGUCGUUUACGAUGUGACAGAUCAGGAGUCCUUCAACAACGUCAAACAGUGGCUACAGGAGAUCGACCGCUACGCCAGCGAGAACGUCAACAAGCUGUUAGUAGGCAACAAGUGUGACCUCACAACGAAGAAGGUUGUGGAUUAUACUACAGCUAAGGAAUUUGCAGACAACUUGGGGAUCCCGUUCCUGGAGACCAGCGCCAAGAGUGCCACCAACGUGGAGCAAGCCUUCAUGACUAUGGCGGCUGAGAUCAAGAAGAGGAUGGGCCCCGGGGCCACGGCCGGCGCCUCGGAGAAGUCCAACGUCAAGAUCCAGAGCAAGCCAGUCAACACCUCGUCCGGAGGCUGCUGCUGAGACCCGAAAACCCGCCACGACCUGAAUCCACCCCGAGCCCACGACCAGUCUCAAUGUUACCAUGCUCCACAGGGAAAGAAAAGAGAGAGAGAGAGAGAUAGAGAGAGGGAGAGAGGGAGGGAGGGGGGGGAGACAGAUGAGGAAGACUUUGAGUGGACUGGUUUGUAAUCGCGUGCGCGCAACUACAACACCAGAUUCCCACCAAAACCAUUUCAAAGUCAUCAAAGUCAGCAAUAGGACGGUAAGCCCACCCAUAACCCACAGAACACACCGGGCUUCUUUUCUUUUUGUUUGUUUCUUUCUUACUCUAUCAAAAACACACUCAUACUGGAAAAAAACAAACAAACAUGUAAACAAUUUUUAACAGUCGUGUGAAGUUAACCAAUGAAAGAAAACACAAGUAUACAGCUUUUUUUUUUUUCUUCUUUUUGUUUUCCCUUAUUUUUUGAUUUUGUUAAACGAGUCACUUUUCUAAAAAAAAAAAAGAAAAAAACACACACACACACAAGUUGUCUUUUAUUUAGCUGUGGAUAAACAACAGCAUGAGUCUGGCCCCCCCCCUUGAAUCUCCUCACAUAUUAUCAAUUAGUAAGCACUUCAAAUGAAGCACAUGCUUAAACCAGCAUCAUGCAUGUUAGAACUGAUCACAUGCUCUCUCGGCGCAUCCGGAACGCGGUCAUGAAACGAGGAAACGCUCCGAUAACGUCACCUGCUCCAACUUCACAGUGUCGCCCCCCCCCCCCUUAAAAAAAAACGAUGUGCCAGUGCCUUUGUGGCAGGAGUUUUUUUUUUUUUUCAUGACGUGUAUGCCUUCGGUGCUCUUGUGUUGUCGGCAUACUCUCCCCGCGGUAUGCCCUCAGUCGUGACUUCUUAAAGAACCCACUUUGUAUGAUAGCAGUUAACAUUCCUGUAUAUAUAUAUAUUUGGCUCUGUGUGUGUGCUCUGCUGGUAUUCAUGAUACAAUAAGCAUGUGCUACAUUGGGAGACGUAACGUCAGCCGUGUGUUUCUCUGCUAAUGUUUCUCAACCAACAGCACAACCACGACAAGAGAAAUGAAAAUCACCAUCAUCCCAGCUCGAGAAUAAUCUAUAAACUGUAUAUAUUUAUACAUAAAUGUAAGAAGUGAUUUGCAAAAUUGUGUAGAGAAGCAAGUGAAGCGAAUGACAUGAUAAAUAGCUGGAAUUAGUAAUCUCGGCACGUGAUUUGUGGCUGCGGACAUGACAUUUUUGUGGCACAAUGUCUACUAUUAAAACAAUGAAGGAGAUCUUUGAUAA